AUGGGGACGGUCCUCUCCAUAUCCCCAAGCUACCGCAAGGCGGGACUGUUUGAAGGCAGCUCAUCCAGCGUGGCUCAUUACACUGCCGUCCAGAAUAGCAAGAAUGGAAAAUCUCUCAAGAGACAUUCGUUCAUCUCUGUGUUACCAUGGAAACGACUUGUGGCAGUCUCUUCCAAAAAGAGGCAACCGAAAAAGAGUCAGACCAACAUUGGUUACCAGAACAACAUCACUCAUCUCAAUAGUGAGAAUCUUAAGAAGUCCCUCUCCUGUGCUAACCUGUCGAGCUUCACGCAGGAUUCAAAAGAUUCUGUUUCUAAGGACCCGGUGUCUUCUGUCAGUAAGUCAUCUCAGCAGCAGCAAGUGCACUCUUCUCCGAAACGCGUGGUGGUGCAGGCCUCCACCAGUGAACUGCUGAAAUGUCUCGGAGAGUUCCUCUGCAGAAGGUGUUACAAGCUGAAGCAUCUUUCACCUACAGACCCUGUGCUAUGGCUGAGAAGUGUAGACCGAUCUCUACUUCUCCAGGGGUGGCAGGACCAAGGCUUCAUCACCCCAGCCAAUGUGGUCUUUUUGUACAUGCUCUGCCGAGACGUCAUUUCUUCCGAGCUGGCCAGCGAGCAAGAAUUACAGGCUUCCUUACUGACCUGUGUAUACCUGUCCUACUCCUACAUGGGCAAUGAAAUCUCUUACCCAUUAAAGCCCUUCCUAGUGGAAAGCUCUAAAGAGGCCUUUUGGGACCGAUGCCUGUCUGUCAUUGGACUAAUGAGCCCCAAGAUGCUGCGCAUCAAUGCAGACCCCCAGUAUUUCACUCAGAUCUUUGCUGAUCUGAAAGCUGAGGGCAUCCAAGAGGACAAGAACAGGCUGAUGAUAGGCUUGGAUCGGUGA